UUACGUAGCCAAUUUGAAUUAAGUAUUCAAUGCACCCGCCUGCACCCGUCAACCGAAGCGAAAGGACUCAUGAUUCCGAUGCUGCUAUUCGCCAGACAGAUUCAGAUGCAGCAUUGGCACGACUAUCUGCGGUUAGGAAAGGUUAUAUGAAUGACCACUUCGUCAGUUCCCUGGUGCCUCGAGCACAGCUGCAGCCCUUGCGGCCACCAUUGAUCAAUAUUGGCACUUAUGUGCGAUCCGAAGCUAUCGACAGACUCGUGGAGCAGUGGCUUGAGCUCUCCAAGCAGGAGGGGCAACUUUGUCAGAUUGUUAGUCUCGGAGCAGGGAGCGAUACGCGGUUUUGGCGUUUAAUGGAAGGACCUUGGAAAGAACAGCUUGGAGCGUAUUUCGAGCUCGACUUUCCAGAUGUGACCCUGAAGAAAGCGAUGGCAAUUCGCAAUCCGAGAAGUGGACUCAGCACCACUAUUGGUCCUUCGGAGUUAGAUCUUGGCGGCCAGGCUUUGCAUUCGUCCAGAUAUCAUCUUUUACCAUGUGAUCUUCGCAAACCCCCCGCAGACGUUUUGCCUGGGCUCUUCAAAGAUCAUCUGUCACCCGGUCUUCCAACGCUUCUAUUGUUUGAAUGCGUUCUGGUUUACAUGUCUCCAGAGGCCUCAUCCACAUUGAUCCAAUGGUUUGUUGACUUCUUCAGCCCAAGCGCCCAAACUCCCUUGACAGGCACUCUGGGAGCUACGGUGUAUGAAAUGUUUGGGCUGGAGGAUGCCUUCGGGCAGGUCAUGAUGAACAAUCUUCGAGCAAGAAACGUAUCCCUUCCCGGGGCGAAGCCAUAUUCUUCAUUAGAGUCUCUCCCCGCCCGUUUCUUAAGGCAUGGGUUCACUUCUGCGAAGGCGCUGACCCUCCGUAACAUCAGAAGUAAUUACACCGAGCUGUCAGAGCUAGAAAGAAUAUCUAGCCUUGAAAUGCUUGAUGAGGUCGAAGAGCUCAAUCUUGUUCUUGAACACUAUGCGAUCACAUGGGGUGUGAUGGCCUCAUCAGCCGCGACAAUUCCAUGGAGUGAAUGGGGCUUGCGUCCUGUCAAAUAGCGUACCUUUCGUUCUCGGAAUCCUUUUUGAUCUGCCAACUAGCAGAGUCAAUAUUGUAGUACAAAUUCGUGAUAUCAAAUAUUUCAGCAGAUAAGAUGGGAAUAAUGCUUGAUGACGGUGUCGUAUCCUGAAGUGUGAUUACCAUCUAUGCAGGAAUUGUUAUCUCAUC